AUGCCUCCCAAGAAAGCCGCCGCUGCCCCCAAGAAGGCUGCCGCCAAGGAGCCCGUCCAUGCUAGCUACCAGGAGAUGAUCAAGGAAGCUAUCAUCAACCUUAAGGAUCGUACUGGCAGCAGCCGUCAAGCCCUCAAGAAAUACGUUCAGGCCAACAACAACCUCUCCAGCGUCACCGACGCCGCCUUCACCACCCAGUUCAACCGCGCUCUUGCCAAGGGUAGCGAGAGUGGUGUUUUCGAGCGCCCCAAGGGUGCUUCCGGACCCGUCAAGCUUGCAAAGAACAAGGCUGGCUCUCCUCCUGCCCCCAAGAAGGCAGACACCAAGAAGACAGAGACCAAGACCAAGGCUGCACCAAAGACUGCUACUGCCAAGGCCAAGAAGACCACUGCUGCAAAGGAGGCCCCUGCUAAGAAGGCUGCACCCAAGAAGGCCGCUACCAAGGCCGCACCCAAGGCCGCUGCCACCAAGAAGGCUGCCGCACCCGCCAAAGCAACCAAGACCAAGGCCAACGUCUCCAAGGUCAGAAAGAGCGCUCCCGCUCCUGCUGUUGAGGAGAAGGCUCCUGUUAUCCUUGGCAAGACCAAGUCAGGUCGCGUCACCAAGAGCACCGCACCCUCAGCACCCGCUACCAAGGCAGCUGCCACCAAGAAGAAGGCCGCUCCCAAGAAGGCGACACCCAAGAAGAAGGCCGCCGCAUGA